GGGUAAGACUACAGGACCCUGUCUAAAGCUGUCCUCCCUUUCUCUUUUCCCUCCAGAAUUCUGGUGACACGGUUUGAUAGUCUUUUGCAUCCACUUUCUGGUAGACACAGUGAAGUUCCCACCUAUAAGCAGUCAUCCAUUAGCCAAAACGGCUUCCUGGGAACACUCAGGUGGGGUUAAAUGGGACUGAAUCACCUGUGCUGGGAAUCUGGACACCCCAGAGAACUGGGCUUCAUCCCUUUCAGUGGGAUGAUUGUUAAAUUCGGUUAUUAUUGAGGUCAGAGGAUGUAUAGAUUAUAAAUCAGACACAGUACUCAAAACUCACCAUUUCUGAUUCCUUACUGUCGGUUAUGCUCUGAGACUGCCUGUGUCAUUGUAUGUGCAAGGUGGGAACCCAGCGUAAUGGUGUCCUGUAUCACUUAAUGAAUUGUAUUGGAAGCUCAGGAUGCCCCAUAGUGAGAGUGUUUAUUCUAUAGAAAUUGACAGACACACAGAUCACGCAGUCUGUAGCUAAACAUUGUCCUGUUCACCAUCAGCCUCCAGCAGAUACAAUCCUAUCUUUGUGAAAUUCUCUGCAGACACCCUUAAGAGCAGUCUGAGGAGCCCAGAAAUUCCAGAGUUUGAGAGACAUGAAACAGAAAAGAAUGUGACCAAAGAUCAAUGGGAGGGUGUGAACUGGCCGCCUGUGAGGUUGAGGCAGAGAAGGGGACACCACCCAAGUAGAGAAGAUCCAUGCCAAAUAGGGCAGUAAGUCGAUUCCAGAGUCCUGGAGACAGAACAGCAGAAAACACAGGUGCCUGGAAUCCAGAAGAGAACACAGCAGUUGCUCAUUCUACACUGAGAGUUGUCUCAGGAGAUGGAAUCACCUUCAGCACGUGUGGACGAGGAGCUGCAGUCCUGGGGAGGUCCUGAAAACCCUGGUCAGCUCCCAGGAAGACUGGGGUCAUCAGAGUAUGAUCAGUCUCGGGUUGUGGAGAAGGGGCGGCCAAAGUGGGGCAAGCCCCUGCAGUUCUUACUUGUCUGUGUCUCCUAUGCUGUGGGCCUGGGCAAUGUAUGGCGCUUCCCCUACCUGUGCCAGAUGUACGGUGGAGGGAGUUUCCUGGUCCCCUACAUCAUCAUGUUCAUCGUAGAGGGGAUGCCACUCUUGUACCUGGAGCUGGCUGUGGGGCAGCGCAUGCGGCAGGGCAGCAUCGGUGCCUGGAGGACCAUCAGCCCCUACCUCAGUGGUGUCGGCAUUGCUAGCUUGGUGGUCUCCUUCUUGGUCUCUGUGUAUUACAAUGUCAUCAACACCUGGACUAUCUGGUACCUCUUCCACUCCUUCCAGGAUCCCCUGCCGUGGUCUGUCUGCCCACUGAAUGGUAACCGCACAGGCUAUGACGAGGAGUGUGAAAGGGCUUCAUCAACUCAGUACUUCUGGUACAGGAAAACACUCAACAUUUCGCCGUCCAUUCAGGAGAACGGAGGAGUGCAGUGGGGGCCAGCACUGUGCCUCACCCUGGCCUGGCUGAUGGUGUAUCUGUGCAUCCUGAGAGGCACCGAGUCAACUGGCAAGGUGGUCUAUUUCACUUCAUCAAUGCCCUACUUUGUGCUCAUCAUAUACCUGAUUCAGGGCCUCACACUCCACGGAGCCACCAAUGGCCUGAUAUACAUGUUCACACCCAAGAUGGAACAACUAAUCAACCCCAAGACCUGGAUCAAUGCAGCUACACAGAUCUUCUUCUCCCUGGGCUUGGGGUGUGGUGGCCUGAUUGCCUUUGCCAGCUACAACGAACCCUCCACCAACUGCCAGAAGCAUGCCGUCAUUGUGUCCAUCGUCACUAGUACCACCGCCAUAUUUGCCAGCAUCGUGACCUUCUCCAUCUAUGGCUUCAAGGCCACCUUCAACUAUGAAAACUGCUUAAACAGGGUGAUUCUGCUGCUCACCAAUUCUUUUGACCUUGAAGAUGGCUUUCUGACAGUCAACAACCUGGAGGAGGUGAAGGACUACCUGGCAUCGACCUACCCAAGCAAGUACAAUGACGUGUUCCCGCACAUUAGAAACUGCAGCUUGGAAUCGGAGCUGAACACGGCUGUCCAGGGCACAGGCCUGGCCUUCAUCGUCUUCACUGAGGCUAUUAAAAACAUGUACGUGCCCCAGCUGUGGUCAGUGCUCUACUUCUUCAUGCUGCUGACGAUGGGUAUGGGAAGCAUGCUUGGAAACACAGUGGCCAUCCUCACCCCUCUGACUGACAGCAAGGCCAUCUCCAGCUACCUGCCCAGGGAGGCCAUUUCAGGUCUGGUGUGCCUCAUCAACUGUGCCAUUGGUAUGGUGUUCACCAUGGAGUCCGGGAACUACUGGUUUGACAUAUUCAAUGACUAUGCAGCCACCCUGUCCCUGCUGCUCAUUGUGCUGAUGGAGACCAUAGCUGUGUGCUACGUAUAUGGGCUAAAGAGAUUUGGAAGUGACCUUGAGGCCAUGACCGGCCGCACCCUCAACUGGUACUGGAAGUCCAUGUGGGCAUUUGUGAGUCCACUGCUCAUCAUCGGCCUCUUUAUCUUCUACCUGAGCGACUACAUCAUCACAGGAACGCUGCAGUACCAAGCCUGGGACGCCACUCAGGGUCAUGUGGUUACCAAGGACUACCCUACAUAUGCACUCGCCGUCAUUGGGCUUCUGGUGGCCUCCUCUACCAUAUGCAUCCCUCUGGUAGCCCUGGGGACUUUCUUCAUGUGCCACUUCAAGAGCAGAGCAAACUUUCCUAUGGCCUGAAGCGGACCUCUCAGGGACUUACUAUCAGCACUCACUGUUCUACAGCUCCUUCCUAAGGUAGAUGUUCCUCAGUUAGUUACUUUACUUUCUGCUUCCUGAAUCUGCAAAGAAAAUUUAAUUUUCUGUAUCAUGCUGACAGAAACCUAACUUUGGCCAUAAAUACUACAGACUUUUUAUAUUCCAUAAUGUAUACUUUUGUUGCCAGAAUUUAUACCCUUUUGUGUUACAUAGUCAACUCAUAGUAGGUACUUUUCAUCAUUUCGACCUUUAGCUUUCAUUCUAGAAAUAUCAAAUGUUUACAUACCACCAUUACAGUAACGAGAUACUGGCUUACAAAUUUACCUCUAUCAUUUGCUUUUCUGUUGUUGUGAUGGAGUCUUGGUAUGUCUGUACCCCAGGUUUGGUCUGCACCUGUUCAUUUUAGGCUAGACUAGAAUCUGUGAUCCUCCAGGCACAGCUUCACCAUGCUGACGUUCCCUGGAGCCUCAGCCUGCCCUCAUGACAUGGCAUUUCUGAGGCCAUGUGCACCCACUGCCUCAGGAUGGCAGAGGGAGUAGGUAUGAGUCUCAAGGAGCAAUCAACACUACAAUGGGUUGAAACAGUCCUGACUUCACUCUGUCCAAUGCUUGGAUUACAGACACCUGACCUUUCAGUAUUUCCUGAAGGAGCUUCUAAUGGUGAUUAAUUUCCUCUGCUUUCUCUUGUUGAGGAAAGUGUUUUGCUUCACCACUGAAGUGUAACUUUGCUGGAUAUGGUUUUCUUGACUGGCAGAUUUCUUUCUUUUAGCAGUUAGAACAUAUUGAUAAAUCCAUUUAUUUUAGUCUAACGGAUAUCACCUUACAUGUGACUUGACUCUUGCUCCUUGGUAGUAGAAAAGGAGGAAAAUAAUGAGCUAUAGAUGAAAGAAUUCAAAAGUAGAGGAUGCAAAUCUAGAAAUCACAGUAUGUGACACAAUAAAACCAAAUAAGAUUUUGUUAAAUCUGAUUUCACUCUGACCAAAAUGAACUGUGAGAUGAUGCGGUAAUCUGCUCUAGUAUACUGUACAUUUACUACAUAGUCCAUAUGUUGUAAAUCUCAAAUAUGAUUAAAUUUUAUUUUUAAAGGUGUGAGGAGGAUGAAAUCCUUGAAACAUACAUAUCCCUCACAAGGGCCCUCAUCCAUGUACAGCCUUCUUUCCAUCAAUGGGCACUAGCUGACAUGGAUUCCAGAUAUAACCACUGAUAAUGAAGACUGAGUUCAAAGGAUCCAUAAGUAUACAUAGGCAAAAAUUUAUAAAUUUAAAGCAACAACCAACAACAAAAGGGUAAAAGGAAAAUCAGGUAUGCUGGAACAGGCUUUAAAUCCUCACUAACUAAUUACCUACCACAUUUUGUUGACGUGCUGGGAUUACAGGUGUGGGUCACCAUGCCAGGUCUUUUAGAGUACUGGGAUUGUGCCCAGGGUUUCAUGCAUACCAGCUAAGUGCUCUACCAACAGAGCCACAUCCCCAGCCCUGAAAAUACUUUUCAAUAUGUACUAUUUUCCCGUUUAUCAGUUGCAACCUGCAUCACUUAUCCACCCAUACUUCCUUAUCACCCUAAAACCUUUAUAUUAAACCUUUAUUAUAAUUUGAAACAAAUUAUAACUUGGAAGUGGAGAUAUUCUUAUAGACAUUAAAUCUCAGUAAAUGUUAUGUAUUACUAAAUGUUGUCUUAGUUUUAUCUAUAAAAAAUAAUGAUAAAGAUAUAAAAAUGUCUUAGGUGAUCAUCACUGGAAAACAGUUUAGAAGCUAUUGGUUUCCUUGCUUACUUAUAAUGACUAGUACUUCUAUAAUGACCAAACAUUGCUUUAAGAUAAAAAAAAAAUACCACCUCUGAUAAAAAUACAGAAACAACACCAACAGUGGUUAAGAAAGAAUAUGGCAUUUUAUUUUGCAUAUGGACGUACAGUACAUGAAUUAAACUAAAUCAUUGCAGGGCUCUAAAACAUUGAUCACUUGCAGCCUAACCCAAUUUCCAAGGACAUUAGUGGUGCAGAUUUGGUGUUUGCUGUAGCUGUUGACAUGAAGUAUGUACUGUGAAAUGCUCAAUGACAUCUGAAUAAUAAUUAUAGUAGACGUGGACUGGGCAUCAAUAUUCCACCUUUGGACAAAUUUGCUAUUUACAUGUCAGAGCAGGUGGCUACUUACUUACCUUACUGUGAGUUUUAAUGACUGAUUUUAAGCUACACAGGAUUUUCCCAGAGUUUCUAAAAGCAAUAACUCUUAUUGUUUAUAAAAGAUAAUGUUGAAAAAAGGUAAUGUUAAAGGCGCUUUUAGAAAUAUUUAAGGACAACAUAAGGUA